GAGUACCGUGGAGCAUGACCAUAGUCGUGGAUGUGGUUCAAGAGCAAGACAUCAUCAGAGGCGUUUCGCAAAGUAGUGGCACGAUAUCCCAAUCAGGCCCAACACUCGUACCGAUAUCGCACCAUUCACGGCGAGAAUACCAACGAAUGCAAUUCAAGUGAUGUAUGGAUCACCCAAGUCUGCAAGACGGCGCGCAUUCUUCUUCAAGUCUCUUGCUGCAGAUUUCGCGCUGUCAGCCGCCAAUAUGUUCGAGCAGGGCGCGAGAGUGCUCCUGGCGCCAUGCCCUUUGCCUCUCCCCGAUUUCCCAGUCCUAGCACAUUGCCGCAAUGCACCUUCGAGCCCUACGCACAGCGAUCGUACAGCAAAAUCGUCACGAAGGGAAGGUGAGACUAUGAGUGACUUGCCAGAUGCGAGACUCGGACUUUACGUGCCAUUCGGAAGCAAGUCUGAAUGCCUCGAGACUUCAGGCCUUGCCUCGAUGUCCAGUACUUUGUACGAGUUCGGUUGUAGGCGAGCAGCUGUGUCGUUAGAUUUGGAUCGACGCCUUCCACCAACAGGGGAAGCGAUGAGUGGCCAAGUCGAACAAUCACACUCGAUAGCACAGCUCAGAGGCGGCGAGGGCCAACCUCAGACAGGCAUGUUUCGAUGGUUCAAGAAAGCCCGGAGCAGUGAUAGGACUCAAUCAUCGUUCCCCACAGUCACUUACAAGGGCAAAAGGAUCGGAUCACCACACUUGAUACCAGCUCUGAACGUGCUGCCGCCAGCGUCGAGAUACGUGCCACCUCAGAAGGUCUCGCCUUUCAGUCGCUCCACGAGGGCAUCACUCAACAAUUAUCAAGACAAUGUGAAAAAGUCACUCGAUACGUCGCAUCAUAAUCACGGUGCCUCUUUUCUGUCGCCACCAGCUCUUCUCGCCACGCCAUCCCGACCAGCCACGUCCAAUCCCUUCGCAGGAAUAUACGGUAACCCAGACAUGCGUAGAGCGGGCCCAGUAUCUCUGCCAGUCGACAAUACAACAGCAAGCAGCCUCGUCGGCAGACCCAGUGCACUCGACGGUUCGCAAACCGGAUACGCUCAACCACCCGCCAUACCAGACCGGUCACCGCUGCGCAAGUCCGGCGAAGCGCCCCAGCAUACCCGACAGGCAGUGUAUGGCAGUGCGCAGUCGAGCUCGCCCAAAGCGUGGGCAGAUAGGAAGUGGGACGCGCUUCCUGCUUUGCCGACGGCGACGGGGGGCGAAACGCCUGAGCCGAUACAGAUGUACGAUACGGCGUGGAUGCAGGGCGCGAAGGAUGAGCCGUUUGAUACUGAGGAGGUGCUUGGCUCGCUGAGACCGGAGCGGCUUGGUCUUCAUCCUUUGCAGGGGCGGUGUGUGGAUGGUCGUGGAGAUACUGGUCGUGAUACUGCGACACUGCCAGCGCAAGCAGCUGCUUCUGACACUGGGAAGCUGGCCCAGGACCCUGCAAUACUGCCGGCGCAAGCAACUGCUUCCGACGCUACGAAAUUGGUUCGUGGUAGUGAACAGGUCAAAGCGACAGAUAAUCUCAGUACUCUCACUCGCGAUUGGGACCUCCAAUCCUGCGACACCGACGACCUCGGUGUCGACAAACUGGUGGAAAAACAGGAAAGACGUGCUCGACGUGCUCAACGCACUCUCAGUCUUCGAUCCCCGCCACCGCAACUUAGGCAGGCGAAUGUCCGUGAUAACAACGAGCCACUCAAUGGUCUGCCCGAAGAGGACGCCCCGACUGCGGAAAGCCUUUUCUACGCUGACUUUGUGGGUAUCGUGAAAGACUACCGUGAGCAGCUGCACCGCAUAAUCCAAAGAGCUUAUGAAGCGGGUGACAUCAGCGAGGAUCAGUGGGUGCGCGAGAAGUGGAGGCAUAAGACUUCGAUGGAAAGGCGAUUGCGGGCUGCCGAGGAGAUGAGUGGAUAUAGGGUACGUCCGCCUCAGACACAGGACUCAUGGACUCGCGAGAACUAUGACUAACGACAGAGUAGAUACUCACCUCCGAGCCCGA